GGCUCACCCCAUGGCCCCCCGCAGUGGGAGGGGGUGUUUCCCACCCCCUUGGGGAAAGCCGGGAUGUGUUCAUGGGUAUGUCCAGCUCAAAAACUCUGAGUCUCAAAGCUUGAAGAAGUUGAGCCCUGAUCCUCAGCUGAGGAGGAAACAGUGUUAAGUUACAGAGAAGGCUUCAACCUUCAGCUGUGUCAAGUCAGGUCUGAGAGAAAGAAACAGGAUUGCAGGCCUGAAGAGGCAGAAAGAUGUGCCUCACUGCAUGCUGGCGGCAGUGACCACCGCACUGCAGUCAACGUCUGUGAAACUGGAGCCCAAGUCAGAAGCUAGUGCUAGUAUCCUAAUCAAAGAAAGGGAUUUAGGUCACUGUAAGGAAAUGGCUUGGGGAUAAGGUGUAAAGGUACAUGCUUCUCAUGACUGUGUGCUACCUCUCGGCAGGUGAAGAGAUGAUCAGUAUUUCCCUGCAUCUGCAGUUUUGGUGGGUUAAGCGCAGUUGUAUCUUCACAACAGUGUUCACAAAGACCAGAGCAAAUUCACACUUUUUUAACCUGGAUGUGCUUCUUGAUUUUUAAAAAGGAGGAACCUAUUCAAUACAGAAGUCUCACCUUCAAGGAACUGUUUUGUGUCAACUUAAUUUCAUUUUUGAGGUGGGGGGUAGAGGAAAGAGAAGAUGUUCUGAUCUAUGAGCUGCAGAGUGAUGUGGCUACUAAAUCAAUUUUAGAAUUGCUCUAAAUCCCAAGAAUGCUGAUCUUCCGUCCUUUUAAGAAAGGAGAAGAACCCCCCCUCUCCCAUAUGAUAGCACAAAUGUAACUAUAGAUGAAUAUCCCCUCAGAUGUCUUCCAUAAGCAAAAUGGCAUGCUGAUCCAUACAAAAGUACAUUUGUGAGGGAUUGAGCAAACAGGACAGUUGUGAGUGCUUGCAUGUUUGUUCAUGUUACUUCCUGGUAGUAGAUAGUGCUCUGUAUAUUCAUAUGUGUGGGGAGCAAUCACAGUACUAAUGCAGACACAAAAAGUUGUGGUCUACUCGUCUGUUGAUUUGCCUUGGAAGUUGACUUUUUCCAGUUGUAAACUGUUAAAGUUUCUGUUUUGCUCUAACCCUUGCUUACCCUCCAUUAGCAACUGUUUGAAAAAUCCUCUUGAAAAUGAAGAGUUUCCUGAAAAUGCUCAAAGUCCUGGUGCUCUCCAUAUACUACCUGCUGGAGGCUCUAGUUCGGUGUGCUAUUCCCAGGCGAAAGAAGAAUGUUACUGGUGAAAUAGUGCUGAUCACAGGAGCAGGGAGUGGAAUUGGAAGACUGAUGGCCUUAAAGUUUGCCUGUCUUGGAGCUGUCCUUGUUCUUUGGGAUGUUAAUCAAGAAGGUAACAAGGAGACUGGUAGACUAGCCAAGGAAGCUGGAGCAGUGAAAGUACACACCUAUAUCUGUGACUGCAGCAAAAGGCAAGAGGUCUAUAAAGUUGCAGAUCAGGUGAAAAAAGAAGUAGGAGAUGUUAGCAUCCUAAUCAAUAAUGCUGGUAUUGUAACUGGAAGUAAGUUUCUUGAUUGUCCAGAUUCCCUUGUGGAGAAAAGCAUGGCGGUGAAUGCUAUGGCACACUUCUGGACUUACAAAGCCUUCCUUCCAGCUAUGAUUGCUUCUAACCAUGGUCACUUGGUUAGUAUUGCAAGUUCAACAGGACUACAUGGCACCGGUGGGCUGGCAGAUUAUGCUGCAAGUAAAUUUGCAGCAGUGGGCUUUGCAGAAUCCAUUGAUGUAGAGAUGCGUGGCCUGAAGAAAACUGGCAUUAAAACAACCAUUGUGUGUCCAUAUUUCAUCAAUACAGGCAUGUUUGAUGGCAUUAAAACCAAGUCUCCCCGUAUACUUCCUAUCCUAGACCCAGAGUAUACCGCAGAGGCUAUUGUCAAAGCUAUUCUACAGGAACAACUAUAUUUGAUGAUUCCCCGAAGUCUGUAUGUUAUAAUAGCUCUGACAAAGAUUCUGCCUACAAAAACAAUAUUUCUCUGGGAAGACUACUUUGGAGCCUAUCAGUCCAUGGAUUACUUCCACGGUCAGCUGAAAAAGGACUGAGGACCAAAUGACUAUGUCAGACACAAGCAGCUCUAAGCUAAUGUGGACCAGUUUUAGAGAGACAAAUGGUUGGCUGCUUCAGCAGCCAAGAACUUAAGGUGCCUUGUGCUUCUUCUUUAUAUAUAUCCAUUCUGAUUGACAGCUUUCAGCCUAAGCUGGUUCUCCUCCACUAAGAAAAACAGCACAAUGCCUGUAAAGAUUUUCUUUAACCCAAUCAGGUGUUCUGUCAGUAUCUGGCUUAAAAGCCAUACAUUAAGAAAUUAAUUGUUCAUCGUGAACUAAUCAUACCUAGAACCUUGUGGGUAGACGUAACUGGGAAACCUGUGGUAUAAUGGAGCUGGGAGCUGAACAGACCCUCUUCUGUAUAGAUCUAUCUUGUAGAGGUGCCAUGUGAGGAAGUUUGCUUCGUCAUUGCUUUGCCUGAUCAGUGAGUAACUAAGGUGGUGAGUUUCCUGGAGUGGCUGGCAUCUUUUUACAAUCUCUAAGCAUCAAAGUAUUUAUGAAUAUGAAUGAUGGUAAUAUACUCUGAAUGUGGUAACUUUUACAGAAGUACACUGAGAACAAAUGUGUGUACGCUUCCUUGUGUGAUUUAUAAAUGUUUUAAUUUUUAUGUAAAAGUCCCACCAUUUUACUAGGACUGAAGCAUUAUGAACAUAAUUUAAAGUUUUAGUUACAUGGAAAAGGCUGUAUUUCUUAUUGCUCUUAAAAUAAGUUGUAUACAGAAUCAUACUGAAUAAGAGUGACAGUAUGGAGUAACCGCCAGUCUUGAGCUUUUCUUUUAAAAAUGUAACUCAAAAAGGGGUGGUAAUAGAGAAUUAAUUAUGGUGGAAUUAACUGACAAGUCUUCCAGUAUGUGGGAAACUUAAUUCAUUAUGGUCAACCAGACUCUUGCUCUUCUGACUUCUUUUUAUACUAAUUACAUUAUAAGGAGUCUUUACCAUUUUUCUUUAACUAUAUAAAGUAUCAGAAUGAAGGAUGGCCUCCUUUAAAAUGUGUAGCAGUGCCCUUCUAGAGAGAGAAUUGAAAACUUGUUCCAAAACUGAUUGACCCAUUAGAUAAAGCAAAAAAAGAAUAUUACAGCUUGAACAUGUGCUAUGUAUCACAUGUUUUAGUAAUCUCAUUGCAUGUUACUGUUCUUGGUUGGAAGCUAUAACAUAUGGGGACUAUGAAUAAACACAAUAUAAUUUUGCUGU